CUCUCUCUCUCUCUCUCUCUCUCUCCCUCUCUCUGUGUGGGACCGGUGCUGUGAAACAUUCUGGAUUGAUUGAUAACCUGUUUAAGUUCUGAGAAUUGUUGAGAUUUUUCGUAGUUAUUACCAGCUCAUGUCCUCGAUAGUUUUCUUUGAUCACCGAUCAGCAGGUGCUCUAUUUGUGGGUGCAUUUGUUGAAGUAUAUAUGUUGAAGUCGAAUAGUGAUGAUGCAUGAUAUGAUACAGUAAAGAUACAUUAAUCUAAACUAAUUGAUACAAUUUGUCCACUUUUAGACCAUGGUGAGUAUGUGUUUUGGUCCAAACAAGCAGCGGUUAUUCUAAUUAUCCCUUGUCGUCAAGGGUGAGUAUUAGAACAGCCACAAAUAAAGUUCUGAUCCGACACAUUCACAGCAUGCUGCUUCAGAAUGCAUGUAAUGUUACUAGUGUCAGGUUUUUACAGUUUUCAAGCCUCUUGACGCUAUUUUGACUUCAUUUAUCACCUCGUUGUGCAAUUGAUUAAUUUGGCAAACAAGUGUGUUAUAGGACGGUUUUGUAUCACUACUAUCUUCUUCAUGUCAAUGACAGAUGUUUUUUUUGUCUUUUAGUACCUAGGCAAGAGUCCUGAGUAAUCCUCAAUGCAAUUUAGGUCCUACGGUAUUCCAAUGGUGUGUGGCAUGUCAUGUUCAUUAUCAACUUCGCUCCAAAUAUCUGAUAUGUUUUAACCUCUCAAAACCAGGAUUGUGGUUUAUCUGCAGUUUCCUCCCUUGUUUCUCGUCUUCCUCCGGCUAUCAGAAGCGAGAUGGCAUUAAAGUUGGGGAAUAAGACACCCCUGAGUAAUUCUGGUCAAGUCACACGUGAACUUGUGAUUGGUUCAAGAGAGAAAGCAGCGGAAUGCAUGCGGAAGAUUGUGAGGCAUAGGGUUAUGGUUUCAAGUGCCAGGCAAGCUGUCUCUGGUUUUCUGACAGUUGGUGCUGUUCAUGGAGUUAGAUAUCUCGCAAAUAAAAUGCACAAGGCUUGGAAAUCCUGGACAUGAUCUAUCAUCGGUGAAUGCAAUUGCUCCUCCAUGGAUCCACUUUUGUGGCACAUAUGGUUACAAUGAAACAUUGUCAUCUUCUAACAUGUUGACCCUGAAUUCUAUUUCAAAGCGACACCUCACCCCUCUCAUCCUCUCAACCAAUGGUACAAAUACUUCAUCCAGGUACGUGAUGGGAGACGAUGAUUCAAUCUUCUUUGUUGACAAUUGGGUGGAUGUUCUGGCAAAAUACGAUCACACUAAGUACAUAUACAUUGGAGGGCAAUCAGAGAGUCUUCAGUCAAACGUUAAAAACUCAUUUGAUCAAGGAUUUGGUGGAGGUGGAAUCGCAUUGAGUUAUCCUCUGAUUUCAGCUAUGGUGAAAGAUUUGGAAGGCUGUCUCAAGAGAUAUCCAAACUUGCCUUCAUAUGACCUUAUUACUCAGUAUUGUGUUGAUGAGCUUGGUGUUUCUCUCUCUGCUGAGAGAGGCAUUCAUCAGAUAGAUCUGAAGGGGGACAUAUCAGGGUUUCUAUCAUCUCAUCCACAGGCACCGUUGAUGUCCCUCCACCACUUUGACAGGGUGGACCCAAUCUUUCCCUCCAUGGAUCGUUUUCAGUCCGUGAAGCACCUAAUGAAAUCUGCCGAAGUGGACCAAUCACGGCUACUCCAACAAACCAUUUGCUACCAUAGACCAAACAACUGGUCCAUUUCAAUAUCAUGGGGCUAUUCUGCACAUAUUCAUGAGAAGGUUCUCCCCAGAAGCAUUUUGAAGAGGCCACUGGAGACAUUUAGGCCAUGGAGAACGCAGAGGCCACCAUAUUACAUGUUCAACACGCGGUUGCCGCCAUCCAAAGAUCCAUGUAAUGCUCCUCAUGUUUUCUUUAUGGAGUCCAUCGAGAAUUUCGGAGGAAACCAAACUGUUUCAACCUAUGUUCGAUCCUCGCCGCGAGGGUUACCGACUUGUUCUAGCAGCAACCAUUCUGCCGACUGCAUCUCCACAGUUCGAGUCUUGUCACCAACGACAAAACUCGUUCAGGUAAUCUUUGAAAUACUUUUUUCUUUGUAUUUAUUUCCUAAAGCUGUGUUUCUGCUUCUGCAAAUGAAUUGCAUUGGACUGAAUUACUUAAUGCAUUUUUAGUUACAUCGUUUUCCAUUUCGAAACAUUUCUUUGAUUUAAAGUACGGAAUAUUCUCCAAACUAUAUAAUUUAAUCAUCCUCCAAUUGCCUUUGAGCUCCUUUUAAGGGCUUCUCAAGUAGUUGAUCGAAGAAUAUAAACAAUCACUCACUGGAAAAUUUUGGGAAUCUCUGCCCACCACUCAUUUUACAAAUCCCCAAGACAGUCUAUAGAAAUUUUAAAUUCAACCCAUAAGCUUAUGUUAUUAGGUGGAAAGGUCCCAACUAAAGGUGUGAAUACCGCACCAUACUGUACAGACUGAUUAUAAUUCACACCAAAAAAAAUUGACGUAAAACUAAAAACUGAGAAAAAAAAAUUGAAUAAAGACAAAAAAAAAUACCCCUCAAGAAUUAUUAGGCCGAAAGAGAGGUCAUGUUGAGGAUAAAAGAGGGUGCAAAAAUCAAAUUACCAUUUCUAGUAGCGCAUUGAAUCUG